GAGUUUAACUGUAUUGAUUUGCUUUUUGUUUAGGUCCAAAGACUGUUUUCUUCUGGGCACCAAUGUUUAAAUGGGGUCUGGUCAUAGCUGGCUUAGCAGACAUGACACGUCCAGCAGAUAAACUCAGUACCUCCCAAUCUGCUGUGUUGACUGCCACAGGACUUAUUUGGUCCAGGUAUUCUUUGGUUAUUAUACCCAAGAACUGGAAUCUCUUUGCUGUAAACUUCUUUGUUGGAGGUGCAGGAGGAUCACAGCUCUUCAGAAUAUGGAAGUAUAACCGGGAACAGAAGGCAAAGGAGAAAGAAGCUCAGGCUUGAUACCAGUGCUGUGUAAAGUGCUUCCAGAGGACCGAAAGGGACUCUCCUCAACUGGUACCCCAGAAACUUCCCCUCCAUCAUCAGUCUCCACAGAGAUCAUCUGAUUCUUUUAGAGUUCAGGUCAUUGUCCUGUGCAACUAGUACCUAUAGCAACAAUUAUUACGGUUGUUAAUAAUGCACAAAUGUUACAUAUUCAUUAGGGGUGGAAUGAUUCGCGGA